AUGACAAAGGCUGUAAUGGUGAGGUGCUACCUGCUCUGUUUACUAACUCUUGCACUGUGUUGUGCUUGUGGGUUAGUAUGGGCUGAUAGUCCUAAAACUUCUGAUGCCCUUAUUAAAACUUCCACUGUUGGUGUUCCUUCUCGUGUUCAUCGUGCCGUUCCUGCGGAGUUCGAUUUGAUAGUGGAAGAGGAGGAAACCCUGCCAACGGAAGCUGAGAAGGAGGUUGUUCCUGAUACUCCUUGUCUUGGUGCUGGUGGUUCUUGUCCUUCUGCUUCUGAUAGUAGUAAUUCUCCUUGUGGUCGUUCUUCUGGUGGUAAUGGAGGUGGUCGUACUUCUUCUUCUGAUUCUCUCUCUGAAACUGGGGUUCGGGGUGCUGACAUCGCUCCUGGUGUUCAACCCCAACAACAUCCUACCCUUCCUCAUCAGCAAUCUGCGCCUGGUGCCACUUGCACUCAAAAUUCUUCUAAUCUUCCUUGUACAACUACACCAGAGGAACUGACUCCACCUAAACCAAUAAUACCUACUCCUGAAAAGCCUGGAACUGGUGCUCUUGUCGAUGCUCCUUCUAAUAAAGAUGGUCAUCGUGCUGCUGAUAGGACUGGUGCUCAAGUUACAUUAGGUGAAUCUGCUCCUGAGAUUGGUUCUGGUUCUGGUACUGAUGAUACCUCUUCUUCUUCUUCUGAUCAUUCUACUGCAUCUCCUCCACCUGCUGCUUCUCCUUCUGCUAGUGACCCUCAAUAUGGAAACAGCGACAACCAUGCAUCCACUGCAGCAGAUAACCAG